AGCUGAUCUAAGAAAUGCUUUCAACUAUGAGCAACUAGAUUAACAUAUUUUAAACUGGACUCAUUCCAUUUUGUAGCAGAGCAAAACUGAUUUAUCAUGUAACAUUUUGCAUGUAAGCCUCCAUGCUAACACAACUCUUUUUACCCUACAGACAGUACAUCAAAAGUCUAUCCAUCUUUGAAACUGCAUUACUUCAAUUUCUUGAAAAUAAACCAUAACUUUUCUCUGGCCAUUUGGAAUUAAUGCACAGAAAACUAUAUUGAACACAGAUACACAAGAAGUCUUAUUCAGCAAAACGUUACAAGAAUCAUUCUCCUUGGUUCUUUCAGCAAAACUCAAGUCUGAGCUCCUGAAAUGAAGACUUCACAGAAAUUUUAUCUCUUCUGUUUUUUUAUGCCCUUGGUGAAGUUAGCACCACCUAAUCAACAACACUCGACCCUAUUUCAUGAAACAUUCCAGCAAGGUUAUGAAGAUGCAUUAUUUCAGGAAGACUAUGAAGACAAUCCACAGGACGGGCUAAAAAAUAAGGAAGACAAUACUUUCGUCGUUUUCAAUGAAAAUAAGGUGCAGCUGCAAAGAGAUGAUGAAAAACUUGCAGAGGGAACAACAAAUUAUACAAAAUUGGCUACUUGUCUACUAUGUGUUUGUUUAAUUCGUUCAAUUUACUGCGAAGAAAUGGAUAUUGAAAGUAUCCCUGUUCUGCCAAAGGAAACAGGUUACCUUUAUGCACGAUUCAACAAAAUCAAGAAGGUGAAAGUAUCUGAUUUUGCUGAAAUUCCCACCCUAAGAAGAAUUGAUUUGACUGGGAAUGCAAUUCAAGAGAUUGAAGACGCAGCCUUUGCAAAGCUAAUUCUGCUAGAAGAACUUUCAUUAGCUGAUAAUCGGAUAGUCAAGCUUCCAGUUUUGCCUCCCAAACUAACUACACUCAACCUAAAUAACAACAAAAUUAAAAGCAGAGGAAUUAAAGCAAAUGCUUUCAAGAAGCUGACAAAAUUGUCCUAUCUCUACUUAGCACAGAAUGCACUGGAGUCUGUUCCUCCUAAUUUGCCAGAAAGCCUACGUAUUCUGCACCUUCAGUUCAACAACAUAACCAGCAUCACAGAUACAACUUUCUGCAAAGGAAACAAUCAGACCCGUUACGUUCGUCAGCGCAUGGAUGAGAUUAGAAUGGAAGGCAAUCCAGUCAUCUUGGGAAAAUAUCCCAAUGCUUAUAUUUGCUUGAAGACUUUGCCUGUAGGCCAAUACUUUUAGUUGCUAAUCAAAGUGAAACACGUAAAAAUUAGAUAAAAUUACUGUUAUAUCACUGUUCUAAACAUGUCUUUGUAUUAAUAGCCUCUCACAUAUAUUCAGAACUGUUAAUGGUAACGAUAUAUUUAGAUCUUCCCUAAUGUGGUGAUAUUGUACCUUCUGAUUUAAAAUGUUUGAGUGUUUUUCUACUUUUAGAUAAAAGACUCAAGUAUGAAACCAGGAAAAAGCAUCGACGCUUUCUGAGUAAUCAGAUUACAAAAUGAAUUAAAAUUGAUUUUAAAAUUGUUACUGUUAUGAAGCUAAGAAUCACAGUAAACUUAAAGGAAUGCAUUCUUUUAGGGGACGAGUAUAAUUUAAUUACAAAAGUACUGAAAAUAGACUGUACAGUACUUUGGAUUUAAAGAGGAAAAAGUCAUUCACAGCACAUUCUGUGUGCAAAGACAUAUAGGAGCUCUUGCAAUGCCUUAAAUCCAUUUUUCUCAGGAUCAUGCUGUACCCCUGGAGGGCAUCCAUGUGUUCCUGGAAAAAAACUUAGCUCAUUUAAUAAGUUGCUGAUAGGUGGUACAUAAGCAUCCUACACAGUUCAAACUAUUUUCUCCUUGAAAUACAAAGGAUGCACUUAAUGAAAAUCCAGGGAAUAUGGGGCAACAUAAAGCAAGCCUAUGAUGCUUUCUCAGUCAACGUAGACACAGGUUGGAUAGAAAGGGCAAGGGGUUCUUAGAUAGCUGACCAAGUGCUAGAGUUUGACACAGUUGAGAUUGCUGAAACGUCAGACAAGGCUAUGGCUUCAUGCUACUGGCAGGCACAGCUAUUUAUGCAAGAAAGAACCAAUAUAAUACAGAGAUCAGCUGAAAUUGCAACAUAGAUUAUUUAAGCCAAACAGCCCUUCCCAAUUCAACUUCCAAUGCUGGUGAAAGAAGAUAAUAUUAUUUUAAAUAUAUUAGCAAUCUAUUAAUCUUAUUGGCGAAUGUUAUUCAUUAGCCUAGCAAAAUAACAACCACAAAUGAAAUUAAAAAAACUAAUCAUACUGUUUCAGCCUGAUCUCUGCGCUGCAAACUAUUGAAAUAAAACUAUUCAGUGUAGAAAAAUGAAAUGUGUUCCAGUUUAAAUUUUAUUAUGUAUUUUAAAGAAAAAGUGACCCAAGCUUAUUAAAAGUGUUUAUCAAAAUGAAAGGGAAAAAAACUACCAAUCAAUUUAUGCUAUAGCAUGGAGGAUUUUGCUUAAAUGUUAGCCUGCCUGCAAGUCCAUUCUGUGGAUCCUUUUGUGUGCAUUGGGGGUGAGUACAAAAGUUUAAAAAAGGAAAAUAUAUAUCUUAAAUCUUGAGGAUUAGACACUCCUAACCUUUAGUGAGUUUGUGAAAUUUAUCUCCAACCAACUAAUGUGGCAUAGUAUUUGCAAUAUGAAAAAGUAACAUUGUUUAAAUCUUUGUUGCAUUUAAAGUAUAUUGACGUAACCAAUAUCACAAUUUUGGUGUGAUAUCAGAAUUGUAAUUAAUUCAGCUGAAUUAAUUCAUAAAAGUCAGCUUAGUUGAUUUCAACACAGCAAUAAAACAAUUUGCAUGCAUGUAUCAGAUGAAGGGUUUUUUUUUUCAGAAAUACCAGCAGUAAGUCUUAUUUGUACUCAUUCUCAUUCUUUGCAUAUGUUUGAUUAAGACAGAUAUUUCUGAUUUAAUUAUUCACCAAUAUUGGAGACUAUUUUACAGCCAUGAGCCUUUGCUGUAUCUAUAUACUUUUAGCAAUUUAAAAUGUCAUACUUCAAUUAUAUGGUGAAUUUAUAUGAUGUGAAACCUUUACAGAAAUUUGAUUGAUUUUAGUCUGCACAUGCUUCCUGUUGUCUAGAAUUCUCCAUGCCUAAUAAAUAAUUAUAAAGAAAAAAGGCUUACUGUUCUUUUGUAGAUGUCUUACAUAUCACAGACAGUAAAAUGAUAAAUUGCUGUAGUUUCCUCGUUUCUCCUACCCCCUACCUCCUACAACACCUGAGUGAAUCAGUCUAUUUGUAUUCUUCCUACCAUCAACAGUAUUAGGCUAUAUUUUAAUCUUCUUUCUUGCCUUCAUUCAACUGAAAUCACAUGAUUCCCCACUCUUCCUACUGUUCCUUCUAUGGUGAUUCUAUAAUCUAUAGGAUAUUUUCAUAUUAAUCACUCUGAUAUUCCAAGCAACAAUUCAAUGCUCUUGAGUAUACUGUGAAUAACCAAGAAAAUUAAUAAAUGGAUCAGAGAACAAUCCAGAGUUUUCACUCAAGGUACAUAUGACCAGACUCAUUACCAUAUUUUGAGCACAUUAUGUAAACACCUAACUCUCUUGAGAAUCUGUAACUCUGGGAAAGAUGGAAGGAAGACAAGAGGGUAAUGAGCAACAAGGCAAAUGGACUUGAUUACAGCAGCCAUAGAAGAACCACUGAAAGGUUUGAAAAUCUAAGUCAUCCUGGAGAAGAUUUGUCUAUGUGGUUCUUAAGAAAUGACACCAACCUAAUGACACAUAAUUAAUCACAUUUUUAUUUUGGCAAAAUUAAAUCUGACAGAGAUAGACUAGCAACGGAUUUCUAUACCCAUUGAUCUCAUAUUUAGGCUGCAAUAAUACAAAUACCUUUGCAUAUGAUCUAUUGAAAAUUGAAUUUAUUUAUUAAUAUAGUAACACCUCUGGUGAUACAACUAAGCUGGCUUCUAAUUAGCUACAGUACUGAGUCCUGUUCCAGAGUAUGUUUUUGACAUGUUAGACCCUAAACAACUUGGGACCAGAAUACUGCAGAAACUGCCUAUACAGUCACAGAACUAAUCUGUAAUUAUAAUUUUGUACAGUUAAAUGACCUGUAAUCAUUUAAAACAUUAAACUUAUCAGAAGUCUUAUUGUGUGUACCAAGAGUGACACACUACAAGAGUUAUCUUGUACAGUAAUUACUCAAGAUAGGGGAUUUUUUGAGUGGUGGCAUCUACACUCAGAAUGUUCUUCGUCCAUAAAUUCAUACGGCAACUAUUUUUUAGUUGAAGUAGCAAUGCAAUAGCCCAGUGACU